AGGACAUGAAGCUUGAAAAAUGUACUUAUCCUUAUGGUUAAUGAGUCGUCAAAUGGGCUGGAGGACGCAGGUGAACUCGUUCGACAAGUUGUGCAUGUACUCGUACGUCUCCAAGUACUCGACAAUGUCGACGUGGCCCUGGUACGACGCUCGAACCCGCGCAAGCUCGUGCCAAUACGACACAUCAGAGAGAAACAUCACGACAUCCAAAUGUCCACGUGCUGCCGCUGCGACCAUCGCAAACGUUGAUAAGUACAUGCCUUUGUCGUGUAGGAACUGAAGGAUAUCCACCCGGCCGGUGUACGCAAAGUAGAUGACAAAGUCUUCGUUGAGAAGGUAAGGGCGGUGCAUGUACACUCGCGCUAUCCCAGCGACGCCAUACUCGCGGAUCCACAUGCACAACCGACUUCUGGGAAUACACGGAGUCGAGAGAAACCCGAGGUCUCCACUGUACUGCUCUUCGGGGUUGAUGCGGUUGAUGAAGGAUUCCAUGUCCGCGAUCACAAUGACAAGGUCCGGCGGUAGGAAUUCUUCGCGGAACUUGUACUCAUCAUAACCAUGCGACGACCGCGGCAUGGUGGCUGCGAGUUGAUCAAGCAUCAUCCGACGUGCCGGCAGCGGCGCAAAACCAAAAGUGCGCUAGGAUUGCGCGCGCAAGUGAAGUAUUUAUCUUGAAGUUUGUAUAUUUUUUUCGAAACCUCUGCAAAGCAUACAAACCCAAGGCAAAACUGAGUUUGUCGGAGCUCGUCCACGUCAUUUUUCAAUUCGACUGCUGCAGAAGACGACGACCGACAGCAUACGCGGCUACAGCGGCGAUCGUUCAGAUGCAUGGAACGAUCCUUGCCAUCGAGAUGAACAAUGCGAGAAGUUCUUUUCACGCACACGAUGAUGCUCGCAGAAAGUCUAGCCACGGCAGUGCAAGUGAUUGCAAGUGCGUCAUCGUUUUACAUGGUGUCGAGUCCGUAUGCUUCGAUCAAGGAGAUCCACGUCACCAAGUCGACUGGCCAUGUCUCGGUGAUUCCGCUGCUCAGCAUGUUGCUUAGCUCGUCAAUGUGGCUUUUGUACAGCAUCCUCCUUCGAAACUUCUUUCCACUCAUCUUCACCAACGUAGUAUCUAUCACUUGUGUCGUCGGGUACUUGGUCGUGUACUACCACCACGCGACUACGAAGGGCCUCCUCCAUCGAUACUUCGCCGUCGAAGGAGUAUGGAUCUUAUCCGUGUACUUGUAUGCAGCGUGCUUCUCGUCCCCAAUGGCUACUCGACUGGAAAACGUUGGCAUCAUCGCAAUUACUUGCUCGGCCAUCAUGGUCGUUUCACCCUUGUCCGCGAUUGUCGAGGUACUUCGGACGCGAAGUGUGGCGCAUCUACCACGCAAACUGAUUGUCGCGACAUGGGUCAGCAGCGGAGCUUGGUGCCUCACUGGCAUUAUCCGAGAUGAUGCGUUCAUCACGUACCCGAAUGCUGUCAAUAUCGCCCUUGGAUCGCUACAGUUGGCACUUUUCUUCAUCUUCCCAACAACAUCCACUGCCGUUGCCCACCUCCCUCAAAAAAUUAUGCAUGACGAUCGCGUCGGGCUAUUGUCCACAUCACCCGCCACGAGUAAGGGCGGUGCUGACACGAGCCUUGAUGCCUACGUGCAUGCAACGCACGAUGUCAAAUAGUCAUGCCAUCCCUAUUCCUCCGGUAUUCAUUGUGUACAGUACAGGAUAAUCACCUUGAGCAAGUUGUUGUUGUUGCCAAGACAAUACAUGUAUGUAUGUACAGUACCAGUACC